GCGAAUUUGAAGUCUUUUUAAUUUCAGGUGAAUUAUUCAAACCUAUCGGCAACGCAGAAGAAGAAGAUAAAUGGCGAUUUGCAUGUGUUGCGAGUCACAUAUUGUGCCGAAAUCAAUAGUCAAUCCAUGGAUAUCUCCAAGAAGAACAAAACUAGGUUUUGUAACGAUCAGUCCGAAUUCAACCACGAUUCGCCGCUUUCCCUCCACCGUCAGGGCAUCAUCAGCGGUUGAUUCCCCCGAGAGCUCCUCCAAUUUCGCUAAACGUAUGGAACAAGCCUGGCUUAUCUCUCAGCAACCAAGACCUGUUGGGUGUUCAUCGUGCAAUUCUAAUGGUCAUGUUGAAUGCAAGUGGUGUGCGGGUACAGGAUUCUUCAUCCUCGGUGAUAAUAUGCUUUGCCAGGUUCCUUCUAGGAAUACUUCUUGUGUUAUCUGCUCCGGCAAGGGUUCGGCUUGCUGUAGCGAUUGCAAGGGAACUGGGUUUCGUGCCAAGUGGUUGGAAAAGCCUCCAGUGCCAUUGUAGUUUGAUGAAACAAAAGUAAGUUAAGUGUUUUUGGCCUUUAAUGAUUUUUUUAUAUGGAGUACAAAUGCUUACAUUGAUUCAAGUGGAAUAUGAAUACAAUUUUCUUUGUACAUGUACUUGUGUAUAAAUAUAUCAAUGUAUUUUCAUGUUAUUAUUCAUUCCUCUUGUUCUGUCUGUACUACUUGAUGUGAUUUUUCUUUUAAG